AUGAUGUCGGUGGCUGCUGUUGGACCCUCUGUAGAUCGGAAGGUCACCAUCUCCUUUCACUCACAUGAGCGGUCUUCUGAGUGUUGUGAGGGCGACGUUGGUGAGUAUUCAGGAUCGCCUCUGAAGCCCGUUUCUGUCCCCUCUGAGACGACGGCGACUCCGGAAGAAUCGAUGUCGGAGCACGAGUGUAAGGCUGUGGCAGAUUUAUAUGCUGCCACUAAGACGCCUAUUCGAUAUGUGAAUCAGCCGUCGCGAAGCAACAGUGUCAGCACGCACACAAGCACCGCGAGCGGGUACGGCCAGAGAACAACACGAGACAGUGGGUUGGUGGACGAGGCAUCUUCUUCAUCAAUUUCAACAAGCCCCCUGGCAACGGCCACAUCUACUUGUUCCCCAUUUCCUUCUUCCGGACUCGCAACACCACUGGCAGAGCCAAACAGCAAUGCCGGUAGCUUCCCGUCGGAAGAGGACGCUGCAAAAUUCCUGCCGCCUGGGUUGACAACACAUCAGCUCUGGAAUUUUGUAGUUCAAGUAUCAAAAGGCAAAAAGACGGCAGGAUGUGCAGAAAAAACAGACCAUGUAGGAACCCAGCGGCAAGAAGCAGCUCGUCGGGCACUUGCAUCAGCUAGCGUUUCCUUAAACGUAGCCGCGACAGCGUACGGUGCCACUGGGAGAGGAAAUGAGAUUGCUGUCACUGGAGAGCAACAAGACCUUUCAAAUACGCUUUUCGACUGUGCACUUCUAGAUAGCUCAGCGUCACGAACAGAGACAAUUGGCAGUCGUGUGGGAAUUCAUCGUCGAGUUCAGCUUCGACAUCGAGAAAGUGAUGAUUGCUACGCCCGCCAAUAUCCUCAACGACUGCCUCCCCUGCCAGAGAGUACAAACCAACUGCCUCCAGCGCUUUCUGGAGCUCGCGUAACUAGGAGCACCGCAAAACGUGGCCUCUCUCUCGGAACGUCACCAGCAGUCCUGCCGAAGGAAUCGAGCGCCCCUUUAUUGCCCGCUCCGAAACGUCGGAGAGGAAGUCAAGAUAGUGGAAGCGGACCAGUACUUCCUUGUCCCCCUCGAGAGAUCGACUCUCUGUUGCGCCUACUUGCUGAAAACGCCAGACAGGUCGCAAGUGCUCCAGAUGGCAUCGUGCCUGCAGCACUGGACUGCAGCUUUUGGAAAGCGUUGCAAGAGCAGAUGAACGACCUGGCUAAACAGGAGCGGAAAGUGUCUUCCGCUAGUGAAAAGCACAAUUGCCCGCCUCAGUUCCUGUCUCGUCUCCGGGUCGCCUGCUCCACCUGCCGUGCCAGCCCACAGUCAAGCCAGAACGGCAAAAGGAGAAAGAGAGAGCAACAAGAUCCAACUCGUCCUGGUUGCCCGUUGCCUUCCCCGCGGUGCGUACCCAAGUUUCUAACGGUGCCUUUCGCAGUGUACCGUGUGCCCACCUUCCGACAGUGUCUUUGUCAGUGGAUCGCCAGUCAAGCAGGGACGGCUGUUGAAGCACUUGAAAAAUUUGGAGAGGGUGUUUCUGAAGACGCGGCUUCGUUGCAGCUACCCCCAAGGUUCUACUUCUCUUCUCGCGUUACCGAUAGCAUAUAUGCUGAGGAAGAGCCACGGAUGUUUUUUUCCGGAUGUCUUCCUUCGGUCGAGGAAGAAGCGGAUUGCGCACUUGCUCAGCAAGAUAGCCUCGCGAACAUGGAGCCCGGUCAAAAUUCGCAGGCGCAGGAUGACUUGUGUGUUGAGUCUUCUGUGUUUCCAUCGGCGACUACUUCCCCUGACGAAUCUUGCAAGCGUGACCAAACCGCGGAGGAUAAUGCCAAGGAUGGAGUCUACUUCGAUGAAGAAGAAGGCUUUUGGAAAGCCAUCGUCCGGCGCCGUAACCAGGUUAUUACGAAACGUUUUCCGUCUCAAUGUCCCGCGAACACGGUGAGACUCCCACAUGAAGUCCUUUAUGGGCAAAACGAUUGUGGUGCGACAGCUUCAUAUAGGUCGCUUCCAGCCAAGCAUCCCGACGAAAUGAGGGCCACCUUGUAUUACGACUGGGCGAGCAAGCACUUCAAGGAAGUUUGUAAGUAUCUCGAAUCCGUCCCAGGUGCAAUGGCGUGGAAUCGUGGAUUGGUAACAACAUCGUCCAUCGUUGACAGGCCUGUUCCUUUGGAGUGCUGUGCAAUGGAACGCUCGAGCCGUAGCGCUAUUUCAGGCGCUAGCUCGAAAUCCAGCGCACCAUUGUCAAAAUCAGGGACUUCAUAUACCUCAGCGACUUCUUCCCGGAAACAAAGAAAAGGGUAUCAACUGGACCGUUAUGAAACCGUCGAGAAACUUGCAGAAGCUUCGAACCAACUUCGUUCGAACCCCGAGGUUGGCAAGAUGCGCGAUACCAAGAAGAUUGUUUUCCCUGGACAAAAUACCCCGCCGGCGCCGCACGUCAUUCAAACAGAUGUAAACGAACAGCAGGGGGCCCCUGUGUGUGGGACCUCAACUAUUGCGCGACAGUUUGUUUUACGGCAGUGUCAACGGCUUCUAGCGACUCAUCGCCAGCAAUUGUCGGACCAGCUGUCGUCUCAGAACACGACAUCGUUGCAGAGCCUCCCGGUGGGGAGAGGUAAUACCCUUGAAGGCCCAUCUCUGGUAUUCCCUGGAGAGAGAGCGAACCCAAAAGGACCUUCUCAGGCACAUGAGUUGCCUGUAAUAGAUGACGUAAUGCAAAGGCUCCAAACGAUGGUUCGUGACACUCUAGGGACACUCCCCGCUCCCAGCGCAGAAGCUGGCGUGACGCGGUAUCAGCAGCAGCUCCUCCUGCUCCAGCAGAUGAGGCAACAUCAUUUAGAGAUGCAGCGGCUGGUCAUUAAUACGGCUUCCAGCGCUGAAAUGCAAUCAAGCGGGGUCCCACCUGAAAUUGGAAAAGUGGCGAUGAAUGUGGACAAAUGGAGACGUACUGCGGUGGCAACGCCAGCAGGCGCAUCGGGGUGA